AUGUUGCAAAAGUUCCACCAAUUCGUGCGGCGGGAUGACGAUGAGGGCGGCUUGUCCGAUGCCAUGGUCAACCUUUUGAUCUCUCUUUUGGUCCUCGUUUUGCUCGGAAUCGCGCUCAUGGGCGCGCUUCUAGUCAUCCGUCGCAGGCGUCAGAACAGACAACAGUCUGAGCUUCCCGUCCACAAUGGUCAAUGCUCAACCCAUCACCGCAGCCUUACGAUCACCGCCCCGCCGUACUCCAAGACCGAAUCUGUCUUUGUUAUUGAUGAGAAGCGCAACUUGAUGGAGAACUCGUCAAGCCCGCCACCUAGCCCUGUUCCUGAGAUUCGCAUUACUUUUCCCGAGGAGGAAGAUGAGUCUGGGAAGCGCAAGUCUGGCAGAGUCGUGGUUGUUCGAAUCAGCGAGGCAGGAAGCGUUGGCCUCGAACCAUACAACGAACAACUCCCGCCCUACCAGUCCAGCGAUGCCGAGCGUUUCCAGUCGCUGGAUAUUGAACGCAUGGGUGGAUUAAAGGAAAAGGAUGACAACAAACGGUGGGGUUAA